AUGCCAAAUAUCAAUGGAAGUUAUAUCUUCCUCAUCACUUUUGCCAUUUUACUUGUUCCGUUUAUCAUCAUAUUGAAGAAAAAGUUUGUUUGCUGCGCCGAAGAAUCGCCGCCGCAUUCGAAUAAUCCUGCCGAUGGAAUCUCCUCAUAUCCGCCGGAAAAUAGAGCUGGUGAAGUAGCGAUUGGUAUUUGCGAUGAAGUAGUGAAAAACAGUGAUUGUUCGAUAUGUAUUGCGGAAAUUAAAAUAGGGGAAAUUUGUGCUAUUCUUCAUCCUUGUUGCCAUGGAUUUCAUGUUGGUUGUGUUCGUCCUUGGUUAGAAGAUAACGAGACGUGCCCUUUGUGCCGGACGACUGUUAAUACUAACUUGUCACGUAUAAUACGGUAUCGAGGAAAUCUCGCAGCGUGA